AUGGCUGCAUCUGCUGCUGACAUUCGGAGCAUCUUGGCUCUUCCUAACCCAUCCUCCACACCAGGUCCAUCCCAACUACGCAAAGUCCCCGCUACACGCAAGCCCGAAGGUAUCCCUAGGGAGCUCUACGCCCUCAUCGGUCCGUCCGCUCCUACACUCGCCGCACAGCUUGCGAAGCCUCGGCUCAAACAGAAGCCUAACCUCGGCGGCGGAGGCAAGGUCAAGUGGGACUGGCAGUCCUUCAGGAACGGCGUGCGCUCAGACUCACUGAGACUGUCGCACUGGGCAAAGGUUGGGACAGACCCUGACGCUGAGUAUCCAUUUGCCAAAUAUAAUGUUCAGCCGAACACCUAUGUCUAUUCGCAAGACGAGUACACCCGCCUGCUUGAAGAUAAGGAAUGGACGAAGGAAGAAACAGACUAUCUGUUCAACCUCGUGCGGGAGUACGACUCACGGUUCUAUGUUGUCGGUGAUCGCUACGACUUCCCCAGCGGGCCUCCAAGGACCCUCGAAGACUUGAAAGAUCGCUAUUACAGCGUCUGCCGAAAGCUGGUAAGGAAUCGGCCAUGGGCCGGGGACGAGGCAAGCAAGGCACAGCUCAUCUCCAGUCUUCAGUUCGACAAAGAAAAGGAGACGACGCGCAAGAAGUACGUGGCAAGUCUGAGCAAUCGCACCCAGGACCAGAUAGACGAAGAAGAAGCACUAUACAUCGAGCUGAAACGGCUUGAGCAGAAUGAGCGCCAAUUCAAGAGGGAUCGAGAUGAAUUACUGCGCACGCUACUUGGCGUCGAGUCUGGGCUGUCAGACUUGCAAGUGGACGAGGACGGUCUUACGGGAUCGCAGAUGGACAUCAAGAAAAAGAAAAAGGGGAACUCCAGUGCGGAGGUGGAGAGCCCUGUCUCAGCGUCGCCCUCGGGCUCGAACAUGAUAUCUCUAGGACAAGCGAUUCCCAAGAAAGCCCAGUCGGCAAAAUCUGCUGCCUACGAUGCUCUGCAUUGUAUUCACCGUACGGAAGUCCCACCGACCAAUGGACCCUCCACGAAGGCCGCGCACCAGCCGGUUUACCUUCGUUCCUACAAGCUCCCCGCGCCCAAGAUCACUGCUGCUCCCAAGGUCGCCCAGGUCUUUGCGGAACUUGGUAUCUCGCACACACGGCUGGUCAUGCCCACACGGGAGAAUUGUCAACAGUUGGAGAGCUUGAUUGAAGCGGCGACAGCGUUGGUGGAGACAAAGAAAGUUGUUGACAAGGUAGAUCAGGAUAUCAGAGUCAUGAAGGCGAGACUAGCGAAUAGGCAGAGUGAGGGCGCAGACGAAGAGGGGGGCGGAGGAACGCCGAUGGAUGUUGACGAGAAUGAGGGUGCGGAAGCAGAGGGAGAAGGGGAGGACAGAGCACAGAGUGUCGUCAGCACGAGGAGCACCCGGAGUAGGAAACAGACAAGGCGAUCGAUGUCAAUAUCCUCAGUAGACACAGCUGGAACAGGUCCCACGAAGAGACAGAAGCGGUCGACAACCAUUUCUGGAACGACACACUUGUCAGGCGUAGCAGACGCGAUCGAACGCAGAGUAAAUAGUCUCCGCUGGAUGUUGUCCACCAUCCGCCGUAUUCGCAUAGCGCGGCACUUUCACUCUCGCACUGCGAGUACGUACUCUCCACCAUUCAGUCCAAACCACUCAAUAUAUGUCUCCAACUCUCAUGAUCCGUAUUUCAAUCUUUCGCUCGAGGACUGGUUGUUUAGGCACAAGUCGCCAAAGGAUCCCUUGUUGCUCUUGUAUCGCGACCGACCAUGUGUCGUGAUCGGCCGUAACCAGAAUCCUUGGAAGGAGGUGAACAUGCGCGCCUUGCGCAAGAGUGGGAUACCUUUCAUCCGCAGGCGCAGUGGAGGCGGCGCCGUCUAUCACGAUCUGGGUAACACCAACUAUUCCAUCCAUCUUCCCCGCACCUCUUUUAGUCGGCACGCCACUGCCCAGGUGGUUCUCGCUGCUCUCCGCUCGCUCGGAAUAGAUGCGAAUGUGAAUGAGAGGAACGACAUUUGUGUAGGGACGAACAAGAUAGGUUUACUCCUCGUACCACGCGAUUCGAUCCUGAUGGACACUGGUGUGCUUACGUCUCUGGAUCCGCCUACAAGAUUACUGGACUUAUUAGGAGACAUCCUUCGUGCUAACAAGGAUACGAUUGAUACAAAGGGAGUAGUGUCUGUCCGUUCACCUGUAUGCAACCUGCGGCAAUACGAUGCGAACCUUGACCACUCAAGCUUCGUCGAUGCUCUCGUCAAAGCGUUUUGUCAAGAAUAUGGUAUAAACGAGGAGAUACAAGUUAUAGACGAGGAUGCCGAGGUCGCAGGUAGCAUCGAAUAUAUUCGGCAUGGAAUGGCCGAGCUACCCAGUUGGGAUUGGGCAUACGGGCAAACACCAGAAUUCACACAAGUGACCCAAGGGUCGUUCGGAUGGGGCGACGUGACAGCCAGCAUCCACUCAAGACAUGGUGUCAUACUCCAUUGCGAAUUCACGACGUCGGAGAGCGAGCUGCAGCAGCGCUUAGAUGCUUGA